AUAACUGCGUAUAGGCCAAACCCAAACUCCAUUCCUCAGAUCUAUCCUCCCCCAAUUUCUGCAACAAUCACAUGAAUUCGAUUUUGGCUUCAAUUUCAUCAUCCUGUGUUAUGCUUCUUUCGUAGAGAUUAAAGAUGAUGAGGUUUCAAACAAUUUUGACGGUUAUUGUCGUUGUAUCAUCCAUGUUAAUAACCCAUGUUGUCGGGAUUAGAUUUGUGAUCGACAGAGAAGAGUGUUUGUCUCACAAUGUUGAGCACGAUGGCGACACAGUUCAUUUUUCUUUCGUUGUAAUUAAGGCGGAAACGGCAUGGCAUUUCUCCGAAGAUGGUGUUGAUCUCGUGAUAAAAGGCCCAUCCAAAGAGGUUGUAUAUGCUGUACAUGACAAAACUAGCGAAAAGCACGAGUUUCAUGCUCAAAAGAAAGGUCUAUACCACUUUUGCUUCACAAACAAGUCCCCGUAUCACGAGACCAUAGACUUCGAUAUUCAAGUUGGUCAUUUUGCAUCUUAUGAUCAACACGCAAAGGAUGAGCAUUUCAAGCCAUUGUUUGAUCAAAUAGCAAAACUGGAGGAAGCUCUUUAUAACAUUCAGUUUGAGCAGCACUGGUUACAGGCUGAAAAUGAUCGCCAGGCAGUCGUAAACGAGAAAAUGGGUAGAAGAGCAGUUCACAAGGCGCUGAUUGAAUCAGCAGCACUGAUCGGUGCUAGCGUUCUCCAGGUUUAUCUUCUGCAACGCCUUUUUGAGCGAAAGCUCAGGACAUCGAGAGUUUAAAACGUGUUUAAUACGGUAUCCGAUAUUGAUUAUUGGUGACAUUCGGUAAGUCGCAAUGUCACUAAUACUUUGUCUUUAUGUAGACAGAAUGUAUCUUGGUCGAUGGCCUUUUCGGACAUUUUUUUGUAUCAUAGCGAUUAACAUUCGUGCUUCAUUGCCCAUUAAUUAAUUUGAUUUUGUAC